AUGUUCAGCAGAAGCAUAAGAGUGAGCGCACCAAGACCAUCUAUUGUCCAUGGUCUACUUCGUUGUCAGACCAAUGCUAGGAGCGAGACUAACCGCCUUGAAAAAAGCGCUACGAGAUUCUGGGAAAAGGUGUCGAUGCAAGAGAUCCCUGAUCCAACCAAUGGAAAUGCCAAAAGGUAUAUCAUCAAAUUAGACAAUAAACACAUCAAGACACCCUUGGGAAAUCCCAUUGAAUUGCCACACAGCAAGAAAACUUUAGGUUUGCUAUUGGUCAACGAAUGGAAGUCUUUACCAAGUUUGAAAGUUAAGCCUUAUCAAGUUCCAUUAACCAGUAUAGUCUCUAGAGCAGUUGAUUUACUGAAAUCGGAAUCUGAAAACAAUAAAGAAGAUCAAGCCAAAAUAGGCAGAAGAAUCGAUAUUGCAAACGAUUUACUAAGAUAUUUAGAUACAGACACAUUACUAGUCUUUUCCCCUUCUGAAGAGUUUGAAGGCGGAUUAAGAAAAGAACAAGAGGAGACCUAUAGACCAUUAAUCGAAAGUAUGGAAGAACUAUUUGCUAAUUAUUCACAAAACCAAAAUGCUGGUCCAAUCAAGUUAAACUAUUUGGAUGUUGAAAAAGAUGGGUUAAGAGGAAACCAACAAUCCGAAGAAACAAGGCAGGCUGUUUUGAAUUUCUUGGAUGACUUGAACAUCUGGGAAUUUGUUGCCUUGGAAAAGGCAACUUUACUGUCCAAGUCGUUUUUGUGUGGAGUUGCUGUGCUCAGACUCAUGAACAACGACCAGUUCAAGAACCUUAAACAACCACUACACAAAAAAGUGCACUACACCAUCGAACAGAUUGCAAGAUGCGCCACGUUGGAGACAGUGUACCAAACAGACAGAUGGGGUGAGGUCGAGGAUACCCAUGAUGUCGACAAGGUGGACAUUGUCAGAAACUUGAGCUCAGCUGCCCUUGUCGCAUUCUCUCCCCAUUAA